AUGCAUUCAACAGCACGAGUCUCAGCCAUCGACGUUCGUCAAUAUGCUGCCAAGAAGAGAGCAGCGACUGGUGCUGGAUCAUCCCGAACGAUAAAGAAGAGUCGAAUUGAUUCGAAAUCAGUAUCGGCAAGGGAGCCCGACAUUCCAUCGAUGAAAGCUCCCGACACUGAUCCAGUCAUAGAGUUGUCGGCUCUGACAAUAUUUCUUCCUGUCGAAGUGCCAUCGGUUGGAGUAGAGACGGCAAGAGAUGAGGAUGCCGCGGCCGUCAUGCCAGUUAUAGUGGUCAAGACGACAUCGAUCCCGAUUCCAUCAAUGGAGAUUCAGGCCGAAUCUGCAAUCACGACGAACCAGAACCAACUUAAGACGGAGCGUGAGAGGCAUCGGGCCACUAAAGAGAAGUUGGCACUGACGGAUGCAGAGUCGGCUUCCACCAAAGAGAAAGCAAAGUCGGUGAAAAAUGCUUUGAAUCUGGCUAUCGAGAAUUUCAGAGAAUCAAAGAAAUACAAGGAUGAAAUUCUCAAGGGCAGAUUCAUUUCCUAUUGUGUCGGAUACGAAGAUGAUAAGGAUGCAGUCAGAAAGUUGUAUUCGGACUUGGAUCUGAGCAGCAUCAUGUCCCCUAGUUCAGGAGAAGAGGUUGUCGAGGAGACUACUACGUCGAAUGAGGGAGAUGCACCGACUGCACCAAACUUUACUCUAACCAUCGAAGCUGUACUGGAGCCAGCUAAAGAAGAAGCCAACUGGAUCACAGAGAGGGGGACGAUGGAGAUGGACUCGUCCAACCUCACUUGCAGAGAUCUGCCUCCCAUCCUCUCCUCCUUCGUCGACGCGUUCGUCGACUUCUCCGUUAGCGGACUCUUCUUCCCUAAUCCUAACCCUAACCCUAGCGCGCCGCCGGCCACCCGCCUCCCCGCCCCCGGCCGCCUCGUCGCCAUCGGCGACCUCCAUGGCGACCUCCCCAAGACCCUCCAGGCCCUCUCCCUCGCCGGCCUCAUCGACCCCUCCACCAACCGCUGGACCGGCAGCGCCACCGUCGCCGUCCAGGUCGGCGACGUCCUCGACCGCGGCGGCGACGAGCUCCGCCUCCUCUACCUCCUCCACCACCUGAAGCUCCAGGCCGCCGCCGAUGGCGGCGCCCUCCACACCAUCCACGGCAAUCACGAGAUCAUGAACGUCUCCGGAAACUUCCGCUACGCCACCGCCGCCGGCGUCGACGAGUUCCGCCGCUGGGCCCUCUGGUACCGCGCCGGCCUCGCCAUGAAACGCCUCUGCCCCGGCGUCGAAAUCCCUCCAGACCCCUUCAAAGGGAUCCCCAAAUCAUUCCCCGGCGUCAAGAAGGAAUUUUGGGAAGGAAUCCGGGCCCGGCUCGCCGCCCUUCGGCCGGACGGCCCCAUCGCCAACCGCUUCCUCGCUGGAAACCAAACCGUCCUCCUCGUCGGCGACUCCGUCUUCGUCCACGGCGGCCUCCUCCAGAAUCACAUCCAAUACGGUCUAGAGAAGAUCAAUGAGGAGGUGAGGGAUUGGGUAAUGGGUUUGAAUGGCAGAAUCUCGCCGGUUUUCGUCAGAAGCCGGGACUCGGUGGUGUGGCUCAGGCGCUUCUCCGAGGGUUGGAAUUGCGACUGCCGGCAACUUGAAGGAGUGCUCGAAUUGAUCCCGGGGGCGAAGAGGAUGGUGAUGGGGCACACAAUUCAAGAGGAGGGGAUCAAUGGAGUGUGCGAGGACCGGGCGAUCCGGAUCGAUGUCGGAUUGUCGAAAGGAUGCACGGAUGGAUUGCCGGAGGUCUUGGAGAUCAAUGGGGGCGGAGAAUUGAGGAUUCUGACGUCGAAUCCUUUGUACGAUCGGCAGCACAAGCGGCGGCGGGUGAUCGAAGAGGAGAAGAAGGGGCUUGCGUUGUUAGUUCCGGACUCCAGGAUGGAGGUGGAGGUGAAGGCCUAGAACUCACUUCACCUAGAAAUAGAAGUAAUAGUGAAGUUCAUCAGCAUAGACAACAACCUCCUGUUGAUAGGUAUGCUGGAUACUUUCUCGGAGAAGUUUGGUUGUUGUUGUAGUAGAAUUUGUUGUUAGAAGAUUCGACUUGUGGGAUGUAUUUAUUUAUGGGCAGUCUGAAUGGGUCCAUGAAGCCAAGGUGGGAUCCGUCUAUGACUGCUUUAAUUGUUUAGUAAAGCUAGAUCUAUGAAGUGGUUGCGACUGUUCUCUUAUUUCAGUAGUUUGGACAUCAUGCUGAGAGUAAUUUUUUUGUGCACCGCAUGUAGUGCGGUAAAAUUAAUGUAGAAUACAUCGAUUAAUUAUAUUGGAUUACGUAACAUAAUUAAUAAUGG